UCGGGUGCUAAUACCCUCAGGGAAAUCACUUCGCAACUCAAAAAAGAAUUCGAAACAUUGAAGAAGGAACAUACCCAACAACUGAUAAAGAUGAACAAGGACAACGGAGGUAUAUCGAAAUGGAACAAAUCGCAACUCAAAAAAGAAUUUAAAACAUUGAAGACGGAACUUACCCAGCAGCUGACAAAGAUAAACAAGAAGGACAACGGAGGUAUAUCGAAAUGGAACAAAUUGCUCCUGCCUUAAAUUACUCCUUUUCUCCUUCCUUUUUUUUAGUUUUUUUUUUCGGGCUUCAGACUUGGCGGACGCGAGGCAAUAAAUACGAACACAUUGAUAAUAAGACUGAUAAAACAUAUAAUUCAAUGCUAAGUGACAUCUUAAGCUACCCAGUUAGGAAUUGUAGACAAAAGCCAUGGAUCGCUCGUUUUUCUUACGCGAGGCAAUGAAUACGAAAUCGCACAUUGAUAAUAAAACUACUCGUAAUUUAAUGCUAAGUGCAUGGAUUUCAAAUAAGCUUCCCAAUCGCUUCCUCUCUUAUGUGUUUGUAUCGCUCUUAAAAUGAUAAGGUAUUCCCUGAGUCGGGACACGUCAUCGCAAUGAUCAAGUUUAGAAAACCACAACUCCACCUACAAACUUUAAAUUCCCUCAGCUUUAAUUCCCUCCACAGAUAUCACAGCUAAAGAACUGUUCAAGAAGUCGACGAUACUUACGGACAAAUGAAUAGAAGAGAAAUCGUUGCUUCCUCAUAAUAGUCCCGGAAUUUUUUACUACCAAACAUAAUCCGGGGAAGGGAGCGAGUAUAAAAUUCAACUGAAAAAAUCUCUCGGUUUAAUAAACUAAGACAUUUAAGAAUUCCUUCAUUUCAAGCAAAUGUAAAAUAAACAGGUUUUUAUUAAUAUAUUUUCCAUAUUUAUUGUGGCUAUUCAUCAACAGCAAAAGGACCACGUCGGCUACGUGUCAUAUACGAGCUAAACGAAAUGUAGAGUAUCAUACUAAGUUUAUUGUUUAACUCAGAUCUCAAUCGGCUGGAGAUGAAAGUAAAAUAAUCUUCGCUUCAAAUGUUUAUUCUUUCUUGGCAGUUAGUGCCAAACUGUUUGUUUUUACAGUUGGCAAUUAGCAUAUAACCACUGUUUAAAUCAAUGUAGUUUAGACUUUACUCAAAACAUUUAAUUUUNGCUAAGUGCAUGGAUUUCAAAUAAGCUUCCCAAUCGCUUCCUCUCUUAUGUGUUUGUAUCGCUCUUAAAAUGAUAAGGUAUUCCCUGAGUCGGGACACGUCAUCGCAAUGAUCAAGUUUAGAAAACCACAACUCCACCUACAAACUUUAAAUUCCCUCAGCUUUAAUUCCCUCCACAGAUAUCACAGCUAAAGAACUGUUCAAGAAGUCGACGAUACUUACGGACAAAUGAAUAGAAGAGAAAUCGUUGCUUCCUCAUAAUAGUCCCGGAAUUUUUUACUACCAAACAUAAUCCGGGGAAGGGAGCGAGUAUAAAAUUCAACUGAAAAAAUCUCUCGGUUUAAUAAACUAAGACAUUUAAGAAUUCCUUCAUUUCAAGCAAAUGUAAAAUAAACAGGUUUUUAUUAAUAUAUUUUCCAUAUUUAUUGUGGCUAUUCAUCAACAGCAAAAGGACCACGUCGGCUACGUGUCAUAUACGAGCUAAACGAAAUGUAGAGUAUCAUACUAAGUUUAUUGUUUAACUCAGAUCUCAAUCGGCUGGAGAUGAAAGUAAAAUAAUCUUCGCUUCAAAUGUUUAUUCUUUCUUGGCAGUUAGUGCCAAACUGUUUGUUUUUACAGUUGGCAAUUAGCAUAUAACCACUGUUUAAAUCAAUGUAGUUUAGACUUUACUCAAAACAUUUAAUUUUCGCUUCGUUACAGACGGGUGGAUAAAGCUGAAUACAAAUUUGGUGUGUUUUGGAGCCAGAGACAACCGGUUUGGCAAGUUCCUUGUUCCGUCCAGCGGCAAACUAGCAUCAGUCAAACUGGUCCACGUGUACGGUUAUGUGACGUGUGAUACUGGCAAAGCUUACCAUUGGUCUUAUUGGGGAUGCGGCAAACACUCAAGCUUGAGUAACCAUGUAGACGUUGCGAUAACAACAUCGAGUGGUAGCGUUCUUUUGCCUUCGAGCCAGUUCAUAACUGAUAAGACACACAAGUGGUCUUUGAUUCCUGGUUACAACUCACUUUCUCCAGAGCUGGUGCUGUCUGCUUUCUCCAAUCCUCCAUCCGUGACUCGAGGGCAGGAGCUUCGUUUGUGGUACGGCGAAGAUUUGGCGAACAGCAGUGAAAGCGACAAUGGAGGAACAACGUGCUGUGAUGUUUAUGCUCGCUUGAUAUAA